AUGCAUCAGGAGGUGCCAGGCGGCCAGCCAUUGGUGUAUCUAGACAGUGCAGCAACUUCGCAGAAGCCACUGCAAGUGAUCAACGCCAUGGAUGACUACUACCGGCGCUACAAUGCCAAUGUGCACCGCGGUGUGCACUAUCUCAGCAUGCUGGCCACAGAGGAGUACGAGAAGGCACGCGAGAAAGUAGCGCGGUUCAUCAACACAGCGCAGGGCCCGUCGGAGAUCGUGUUCACGCGCAACGCCAGCGAGGCAAUCAACCUCGUGGCGUACUCGUGGGGGCUCUCCAACCUCUCCCCGGGCGACGAAGUGCUCCUCACAGUCGCGGAGCACCACAGCAACAUCGUCCCCUGGCAGAUUGUAGCCCAGAAAACCGGGGCGGUUUUGAAGUUUGCGCCCCUGAAAGUGCCGGAGGAGGCGGAGAGGGAGGGGCAUGCGGCGGGCGCGGAGGUGGACUAUGAGCGGCUGCUGGAGAUGAUUGGCGCGCGCACCAAGCUCGUGGCCGUGCACCAUGUUUCCAACGUGCUGGGCUCGGAGUCCCCAGUGGAGCAGAUCAGAGAAAGAGCGCAUGCAGUGGGCGCCAAGGUGCUUCUAGACGCGUGCCAGUCCGUGCCGCACAUGCCCGUGGACGUGCAGCAGCUGGGGGUGGACUUCGCAGCGGUCUCCUCGCACAAGAUGGCUGGGCCCACGGGCAUUGGCUUCCUCUAUGGCCGAUCCGAUGUGCUCGCCUCCAUGCCGCCCUUCAUGGGAGGAGGCGAGAUGAUUCAGGACGUCUUUUUGGACCAUUCCACCUACUCCGAUCCCCCUGCAAGGUUCGAAGCUGGCACGCCAGCCAUUGCGGAGGCCAUAGGGUUGGGAGCAGCAGUGGACUAUCUGACAGCUAAGGGCAUGGAUAACGUGCAUGCAUAUGAGAUGCAUCUAUCAGAGUACCUCUACAAGCAGCUCUCAGCCGUUGAUCGAGUGCGCAUCUACGGCCCUCCUCCACCGUCUCUGCUCCCGGGAGGUCCGACUGCCAUCCAAAGGGGGCGGGUGGCGGCGUUGUGCACAUUCAGCGUGGAUGGCAUGCAUGCCACCGAUGUCUCCUCCUUCCUCGAUCAACAGGGGCGGUCGGCUGCUCUCCACACAUUCAGUGUGGAUGGCAUGCAUGCCACCGACGUGCCACCUUCCUGGAUCAACAGUGGGCAUCUGCAGCGGGCACCACUGUGCGCAGCCCAUUCAUGCUUCCCCGAGCCUUCUCCCACCCUCCUCUCCCCGUUUCCCUCUCCCUCUCGUUUUCCCCAACCUCCACCCUUCCAGCACGGAGUGGGCAUCCGCAGCGGGCACCACUGCGCACAGCCCAUUCACCAGCAGCUGGGCAUCAAUGCGAGUGCGAGGGCGAGCGCGUAUGUGUACAACACUAAGGAGGAGAUUGAUGCGUUCAUUGUCGGCCUCAAGGACACUAUUGACUUCUUUGUCAACUUCUCCUGA